GGUCGCCGCCUGCACCGCCUAGGGAUAAGCAAGGAACUAGAAGCGAACCCCACAACAGAGCAAGCCUCCCGUCGAGUCUGGCUUCUGUCCCCGCCUCCGCAGGCCCCCAGCUCCUUCAGAAUGACGCUAGACGUCGGGCCAGAGGAUGAGCUACCCGACUGGGCUGCGGCCAAGGAGUUUUACCAAAAGUACGACCCUAAGGACGUCAUUGGCAGAGGAGUGAGCUCUGUGGUCCGCCGUUGCGUUCAUCGAGCUACUGGCCAAGAGUUUGCAGUGAAGAUCAUGGAGGUGACAGCUGAGCGGCUGAGUCCUGAGCAGCUGGAGGAGGUGCGAGAAGCCACGCGGCGAGAGACACACAUCCUUCGCCAGGUCGCCGGCCACCCCCACAUCAUCACUCUCAUCGAUUCCUACGAGUCUUCCAGCUUCAUGUUCCUGGUGUUUGACCUGAUGCGGAAGGGAGAGCUGUUUGACUACCUCACAGAGAAGGUGGCCCUCUCAGAGAAGGAAACCAGGUCCAUCAUGAGGUCUCUGCUGGAAGCAGUGAGCUUUCUCCACGCCAACCACAUUGUGCACCGAGACCUGAAGCCCGAGAAUAUUCUCCUAGAUGACAAUAUGCAGAUCCGAGUUUCAGAUUUUGGGUUCUCCUGCCACUUGGAACCUGGCGAGAAGCUUCGAGAGUUGUGUGGGACCCCAGGGUAUCUGGCACCAGAGAUCCUUAAGUGCUCCAUGGAUGAAACCCACCCAGGCUACGGCAAGGAGGUCGAUCUCUGGGCCUGUGGGGUGAUCUUGUUCACACUCCUGGCUGGCUCACCACCAUUUUGGCACCGACGCCAGAUCCUGAUGUUACGCAUGAUCACGGAGGGCCAGUACCAGUUCAGUUCACCCGAGUGGGAUGACCGUUCCGACACUGUGAAGGACCUGAUCUCAAGGCUGCUGCAGGUAGAUCCUGAGAAGCGCCUGACCGCGGAGCAAGCCCUCCAGCACCCAUUCUUUGAGCGCUGUCAAGGCAGCCAACCGUGGAACCUCAGCCCCCGCCAGCGGUUCCGGGUGGCAGUGUGGACAGUGCUGGCUGCUGGACGAGUGGCCUUAAGCAUGCACCGAGUACGGCCGCUGACCAAGAGUGCACUGUUGAGGGACCCUUAUGCACUGCGGCCAGUGCGCCGCCUCAUCGACAGCUGUGCCUUCCGGCUCUACGGACACUGGGUGAAGAAGGGCGAGCAGCAGAACCGGGCGGCCCUCUUCCAGCACCGGCCCCCUGGGCCUUUGCCCAUGAUGGGCCCUGAAGAGGAGGGGGACUCAGCUACUAUCGCUGAGGACGAGACCGUGCUGGUGCUGGGCUAGCACUUCAGCCCUGAGGAAUCCCAAGAAGCAGAACCCUCCAGGAGGAGGAUUUUUAUCAUUCCAGCCGCUCUGGGCUCUGACCUUGGGCCUCCAUGCCUGGCCAGGCCCAGCAUGGAUCACAGUAUCAUAGAGACCAGCCCUGUACACCGUCCCCGGCUGGCCAGGGCUUUGAGAUCAGAGCUGAGGUGGGAGAGAGCCACCCAGAGUGCCACACCUGGCCUUGUCAGUGCUGCCUGUGCCACGUCCGCAAUAAAAUCUGCUGCACACCA